AAUUUGUCAGGACCCAGUAGUCAGGACAGCUGAGUCCCUGCCCAUCUUCCUGAAAACGUCUGACAUCAAUACUUUAUUAUAUAGCUACUUACUAUAAAUGUGAUAUGUGGUUGUCCAUAUCUAGCGGCCUUAAGAUUCAUACACUAACUGUAAAUCGCUCUGAAUAAGAACCCCUUAUAAAAUUAAUAACAUUUUAAUAAUUUCCCAUUUGAAAGAAUAUCGUGUUGCACAGGACUGUCUGAAAUGGUCUCAAGAGCGCGCUAUUGGAUAUCGACUAACAAGGAAGAAGGGUGACUACGUAAACAAACUAGUCUGUCAGACGGGUGGGUAGCAGAUGGUGUCAAUGGCUGCAUAAAAAACGACAUAUAUCUACACUCAAUAAUCUUUCUGAAAAGCCGUAUCCACGCUAGUUGUGAGGGAUGAGCCACCGGUCGGAACGUCGUGGGAUCCAUGUGGACCAGUCAGAGCUGCUGUGUACGAAGGGAUGUGGCUUCUAUGGCAAUGCGGCCUGGCAGGGCCUCUGCUCCAAGUGCUGGCGGGAGGAGUACCAACAAACCAGACACAAACAGAUCCAGGAGGAUCAUGCACUGGCAGAGAGGUUACAGAAGGAGGAGGAGGCAGUGUAUGCUAACAACCACCAGGGGGCAGCCCAGCCCCAGCCUGCCAUCGCAACCUUCAGCAAGUUUGAAGAGAGGAAAACCAAGGAGAAGUCACGUAAAGUCAACACGAUGACUAAGUUUUUCACUCCCUCAGCAAAGACACCGCCCAAGAAAGAAUCCGUCCCUGGUGAGGCCCUGUCGACCCCCAGCCCCUCAGUGAGCCGCAAGCCCUUAGAGACGGACCGCACCACACGAGAGUUCAUCGACUUCCUUAAGACACUGAAACCUGGCAGGGAGAUCUUCAAACAGUGCAGAGCCUUCACAGAGAGCAUGGCCUACAAGAGGGACCUGGGUGCUGAUGAGCUGUCUGAGUGCGUUCAAGACUUCUACCAGAACCUUUCAGACCGCCUGCACACACACUUCAAAGGGUCGUCGGAGCGCGUAGAGAGUGUGAUGGACGAGGUAGAGAGGUACAUGAUGACACGUCUCUACGAGGAGGUCUUCUGUCCUGAGACCACAGACGAUGAGAAGAAAGACCUGGCCAUUCAAAAGAGAAUCAGGGCCUUGCAUUGGGUCACCAUUGAGAUGCUGUGUGUCCCUGUGGAUGAGGAGAUUCCAGAGGUGUCUGAUAAUGUGGUCAAAGCCAUCACAGACGUGAUCGAGAUGGACUCGAAGCGUGUGCCCAGGGACAAGCUGACCUGCAUCACACGCUGCAGUAAGCACAUCUUCAAUGCCAUCAAUACCACCAAGAAGGAGGCGGCAUCUGCUGAUGACUUCCUGCCCACCCUCAUCUACAUCGUCCUGAAGGCCAACCCUCCGCGACUGCAGUCCAACAUCCAGUACAUCACCCGCUUCUGUAACCCUAGCCGCCUCAUGAGCGGAGAAGACGGGUACUACUUUACCAACCUGUGCUGUGCGGUGGCCUUCAUAGAGAAGCUGGAUGGCCAGUCUCUGAACCUGAGCGUUGAGGAGUUUGAGCUCUACAUGUCAGGCCAGGCAUCUCCCCAGCGUCCCCAGGCUGCCACCUCCCCCGCCUGUAGUGCUGCUUUCAGCCAGAUGAACGAGAGUCUGGACCUACUGACGGGGCUGGGCGUGAGGCAGGAACGCGUCAUGGAGGGGGCUCGCCGCCUGGAGAGUGACCUCAUCGACUGGAGGGAUGGGGUAGAGCACAAAGUGCAGGAUGUGUUGGAGAGGUUCCCCCUGGAAAUGCACCCCGCCGCUUCCCCCACCGCCUCUUCUGCCAUAGAUGCUGACAACGUGGAAAACGACCACCUGCCUUCUCCUCUCCAACCCCAGUUGUUUGCCGGCUGACCCCCCUCCCCCUUUGGACUUGUUACUCUCUCUCUCUACCCUGGAAAGUGUCUCCUGUCCUUAUGCACAUAUAGGUUCCCUCUAAUGGAUCCAAGAAAUAUAACUCCAACCCUCCCCAUUGUAUGCACACUUAAAAUAGAUGCUUGCAGUCGCCUGAACCCCAGUACUCUUAAAUAGCCAACUUUCUCGGUCUGUCUUCCCCACUGAUUGGUAAGAGGACAAGAUGGGUUGCAGGCAUAUUGCCUUCAUCCAUGGUCAUGAAGGAAAGGAGAUGAGGUAAGGAAGCUUUAAGAGUAUUGGGACACAGAUCAUUGAUCUUGCCCUCCUUUGUCCCCUAUAUUACUCAUUACAUUUACAUUUACAUUUAAGUCAUUUAGCAGACGCUCUUAUCCAGAGCGACUUACAAGUACAUACAUUCAUACUUUUUUGUACCAGCCCCCCGUGGGAAUCAAACCCACAACCCUGGCGUUGCAAGCGCCAUGCUCUACCAACUGAGCCACACGGGACCGUACUCCUCCUGACUGAAUCCAAGUCAGAGUACAGAAACCCAAGCGAGAGGGAUCUGUUGGGGGCACGUGAGUGUAUGUGACCACGACCAAAUUUCCCCUUAAGAUGUUUAUAAAUAAGUAUAUAUAUAUAUGUGUGUGUAAAGUUUCAUUUCCCUGCCAAACCUGUUCAGUCAUGCGCUCAGUUUGAGGAAGUUCUUUUAUUUUUCUAUUAUUCAGGCUAUAAUCUUCUGAGAGGGGAUAAUGACUUAAGCCUAUUAAAAUGGCUAAAUUGAUACUGUAGCUCAAAGUUUACAUUUUGUCUGUAAGAAAUACGUGAUUUGCAAUUCAGAGUAUAGGAGAUACUAACAGUCACUUCUCUCUUGUUUGGCUUUGUUUGACUGCUGAACAGCUGCUUCUUCAGAAGAACAGAAAGGGUGCAUAUUUAGAAUGGUUAUGUCUAAGAGUACUUUUAGUAAGUUCUUUAUAUUAUUUUACAGUGGUGUAUAUUAUUUGUACAAAUGUUUUGUGGGUAAAUGUUGCCAAACAGAAUAGCCAUAACAAUGUUGAUCUCAGCUCCAUGUAGUAACCAUUCAUUCGCGGUCAGAUAUAUGAAGGAACAGUAGACAUUGAGUUGAAUGAGUAGUAUCUUUGAUGCAACAGGUCCAUUUACAUACUACCUAUAUAUUUUCUGUUCUUUUAUCAUGUUUCAUUUUAUUACAUUUGUAACUAUCAGAACAGUGUACAAAUGCUGGUUGCCAAAAUCCAUUCAAUCCAAUUUAAACACUAACUGAAAUAACUAGGCAUUGGAUACCACACAGCAAUCAAUGAUUAGGUAUUUUUGAAAGCAAUGUUAAAAAUAUAUAUAUAUAUAUAUCACACACACAUCUGUACAACCUUGUAGGUUUGUUUUUGUAUGUUGAAGGAGUAACUCAACAUUGUCUUGUAUUUUAAUGUAACUUAUUGAGACAGUUUUGUUUUAUAGUGUCCAUGGGUUUGUUGUGUUGAUGAAUAAAAUAACUCAAAAGCU